AUGACAUUCAUAAAGCUCUUUUUGGCCGACAAGAAAACGAAGUAUGUCUCUGUUGAAGACGGCUCCGACACCGAAGAUCGAGCUACAGUGACAACUAGCCAUUCUUCAAAAGUAUCGGUUUCUAGGUCGUUCUACUUCUUUUCCUUAUCUCUGUUUAUCCUCUGUCCAGUCCUUGUCGUCGCCUUGUUUGUGCUACAUGGUCGUCUUUCCAAAGCCCAAAUCAACGAUGGUUUUCUCAAAGGCUUCACUACCGAGUUAGAUCCAAUUAAGAGUGUAAUUUCUGAACAGACUGUUCGUUUCACUGGCGGUCUUCACUACCAUAAGAAUGGGACGCUAUACCGGGAGACGAUCGAAGGGGAGCCUCAGUAUGUUGGGAAUCCCUCACCAGAGAUAGAUGCAGCAUGGAAUCAACUGCUCAAAGGUCAAUAUAUGAACCUUGUUGGAGACGAAGCCUCGAGUAUGACCGACCGGACAUGGAAAGAUGAUCAUGGCAACUACGAAGUUGCUCUAGAUGUGAUGCAUACCCUCCAUUGUGUGAAUAAAGUGAGGAUGGCUUUAGAUCCGGAUUAUUAUCCAAGGAAGGAAAGCCAUAGGAUCCAUAGGAUGCACGUUGACCACUGUGUCGACUAUCUCAGACAGACUGUGCAGUGCCAUGGGGAUCUCACUCCUAUGGUUUUCAGUUGGUCAGAUGACGCUGGUAGAGUGGUGGCCGAUUGGAAAGAACCUCACACUUGUCGGAACUUCCAUCAAAUCCGCAGUUGGGCUGAAGAUCAUUUCCGACCUUGA